AUGAAGUAUGAAGUGUCUACUUGGAUACAGAUUACAAUGGCUAUUGCAACGGAGGUUGCAUCAGUGACAUGCUUGGGCAUUGAGGUCGCAAUUGUGGUUGGUGGGGGUAACAUUUUUCGUGGAUCCUCUUGGGCAGGAUCGAGUGGGCUUGACCGUUCGUCUGCCGACUACAUCGGUAUGUUAGCAACCGCAAUAAAUGCUAUAUUUCUUCAAGCAGCAAUGGAGAGUAUCGGCAUCCCAACACGUGUCCAGACUGCAUUUUGUAUGUCAGAGGUUGCAGAGCCAUAUAUACGUCGGAGGGCUGCGAGGCAUUUGGCGAAAGGAAGGGUUGUCAUUUUUGCAGCUGGAACUGGUAAUCCGUUUUUCACUACAGAUACUGCUGCAGCCCUUUGUUGUGCAGAAAGUAAGUAAUUUUUUCUUCAUUCAGAAUUAGGGGCUCAAAACUUGAGUCGAGCUUGAUGGAGCUAAAUAUUGAACUGCUCAAGUUCUUAACUUUAUCUCAAUUUUUGUGCUCAAGCUCAAGUUUGAAUAUUCGAAACAAACCGCUGGUUUAAUCUCUCUCUCUCAAGCUACUUAUGCAGGGCAUCAGGAUGCGUAAGUUGGCUCGCUCAAUAAGUCGAGCUGCUUGAGCUUGGCUUGACAAUUGUUCAACUGAAUUCAUUUUUUAUAUCCAAAGCCAUUGACACUAUUGGAGUGUACUAUAUAUAAAUCUUGCACAGAUGAAUUUUGUUGGAAUAGUGUUAACAGACUUAAAAUGUGAAUUUGUUUAACUUUUUUUCCAAUAAAUGUUUCUUUUAAUGCCAAGACAAAGCUAUGGUUUGAAAUAGAACUAAUGUUCUAUUUGUUGGCUCAGUCAAUGCAGCAACGAUGAUGAUCCUAGGCAUAAUCCAAGUGCUCGUCUUCAUGAUACACUAACUUAUCAUGAGGUCACUUCUAAAGAUCUAUCCGUCAUGGACAUGACUGCCAUUACUCUGUGCCAAGAAAAUAACAUUCCCGUUGUUGUCUUCAAUCUGAACAAAAUCGGUAACAUUUCAAAAGCAAUAAAGGGAGAGAAGGUCGGUACAUUGAUCGGAGGAACAUGGAACUCAGUGGUGGCAAGGACAUGAAGAUAUCCACUGCAGUUUCCUAACAUGUAGGGACUUCUCCUACUUUGCUUUUCAUUUCCCAG